AUGGCUAAGGCGUUUGAUUCUGAUCAAGGCGAUCGCGAGUUCGAGGCUCGAAUGGGGCAUCACCUGGGUCUGGGACGAAAUUCCCGUUCUCCUUGUGCAGAACGCAACACCUUCACUGAUUUCCUGCAAGCCGCUGUGCGUUGGCUGGGAUGUGAUCCUUCC